AUGUCGGAACUCGUCAAGACUCUCGUUCUCCGACCGGAUAUCUCCAAGCCAAAAUGGGAUCAGUCGACGUUCGAGGGAAGAGCCAAGCACUUCCUUGCCAUCACCAAUCCGCUCAACCUUUUUUACGGUGGAAACCAAUUGGAUGAUUUCAAGAAGAUUGUGGAAAAUUACAGAAAAGGGUCCGUCCCGGAUGAUCUCACUCUCAGCCAACUCUGGAAGGCUAAGCACGUCGUCGACUCAGCAUUCCAUCCAUCAACUGGAGAAAAGAUGUUCAUAGUCGGCAGAAUGUCUGCUCAAGUUCCAAUGAAUAUGGCUAUCACCGGAGGAAUGCUCACCUUCUACAAAUCUCCAAUGGCCGUCAUCUUCUGGCAAUGGUUAAAUCAGUCGUUCAACGCUGUCGUCAACUACACAAACCGUUCCGGAGAUGGUGGAUCAGUCAGCCAAUUGCUUGUCUCGUACUGCGCCGCCACAGGAGGAGCUCUCACUGCUGCUCUUGGAUUGAACUCGAUGGUCAAGAAAGCACCACCACUUGUCGGACGUCUUGUGCCAUUUGUCGCUGUCUGUGUGGCCAAUGCUAUCAAUAUUCCAAUGAUGAGAAGAGGAGAGCUCACCGACGGAAUCGACAUUCUUGACGAAAAUGGUCAAGUGAUCGGACAAUCACCAGGAGUCGCCAAGUCGGCAAUCAGCCAAGUCGUUGUCUCUCGAGUCUUCAUGGCAACCCCCACAUUCGCUUUCAUUCCAAUUGUUGUGAAUGCCCUUGAGAAGAGACCAUACUUCAAGGCUAACCCCAAGAUGUUCCUUCCACUUCAGACUAUCCUUUGUGGUCUUGUUCUCUCCGUUUCGACACCUGUCGGAUGUGCUUUGUUCCCACAACUCACGCCCGUCACUUUCGACCAAAUCGAGCCAGAGCUUGCACAGAAACUCAAGAACUUGCCGAAUCCGCCAAAACAGCUCUAUUGCAACAAGGGAUUGUAA